AUGUCUCAGUUUUCGGCACGCGUAGCACUUGAUCUCCUUUGCUCGACACUCCUUGUAAUGCUUAAGUCCAAAUACCGCUCCACAAUUGUAACACCGUCGUGCAACUGCAUUUACUGCUCUCUAUUCAGCUACUGUUUCUUUGCCUCCACAAAUACUUUGGCAAUAAUUCACGCUUUCUUGCAACAACACGGGUGGAUUAGUGAGCAAAACUGGGAUAACAUAACUGAGCUGGAUAAAGUUCCUGGAUUUCACGGUAUCAUUGACUCCUUCGAACAAAAUUUUAAAUCCUGGAAUGCUUGGUAUGCAACUACAUUUCCAGAACAGGAGGAUCUUAUUGGGGAAUGGAAUGACAAGCUAACAGACUUUCAGAAAAUAUGCGUCGUCCGUUCUCUACGGCCUGAUCGUAUAUCAUUCUGUAUGACACAAUUUAUAAUAAGCAAGUUGGGUCCAAGAUAUGUUGAGCCCCCGGUACUCGAUCUUAAGGCAACAUUUGAGGAGUCUAUUUCGCAAACGCCUUUAAUAUUUGUCCUUUCUCCCGGUGUAGAUCCGGCGCAAUCUCUUAUUUCUCUUUCAGAAACGGUUAAAAUGUCACAGCCUGGUGUGAACUAUGGUGGACAUGUGACUGAUGAUUGGGAUCGUCGGUUGCUUACCACAUACAUUAACCAGUUCUAUUGUGAUCAAGCAUUGCACACUCGAAAAUUUCGUUUUUCUAGUUUGACAAACUACUUCAUACCUGAUGAUGGAGAUUUACAGUCUUAUAUAGACCAAAUUCAAAUGCUGCCAAAUUUCGACAAACCAGAAGCUUUUGGCCAACAUCCAAAUGCUGACAUAGCAUCCCUCAUAGGAGAAACGCGGAUGCUCUUCGAGACCCUGCUUUCCAUGCAAGCGCAAACUUCGAGUGGUGGAACCGCUGAGAAUGCCGAAGCGAAGGUUUUGGACUUAGCCAAAGAUAUCAUGUUGGGUAUGCCUGAUGAGAUUAAUUACGAACAAACAGCUAAAAUUAUCGGAAUCAACCGUACACCAUUGGAAGUAGUUUUGUUGCAGGAGAUUGAACGCUAUAAUGCUCUUAUAGAUAACAUGCGUGCACACUUAAUCGAUUUAAGACGUGGAAUACAGGGUCUUGUAGUUAUGAGUUCUGACUUGGAAGAAAUUUACUUGGCCGUGUAUGAAGGUCGCGUACCUUUACAAUGGCUGAAAUCUUAUAAUUCUCUUAAGCCAUUAGCAGCUUGGGCACGUGAUCUUAAUUUACGAGUAGGACACUUUAAUAUCUGGGCUAAAACACUACGUCCUCCCAGUCUAUUUUGGUUAGCAGCAUAUACAUUUCCCACUGGCUUUCUUACGGCAGUUCUGCAAACUGCAGCUCGCACAACAAAGACUCCUAUCGAUGAACUCUCUUGGGAAUUUUAUGUAUUUAUCGAAGAAGACGCUGCUGCCGCUCGUAUUAUACGCGAAGGUGGUGGCGUCUAUAUACGUAAUUUAUUUCUAGAGGGAGCUGGCUGGUUACGUAAAAAUCAAUGUUUGCAAGAUCCGUUGCCCAUGGAAUUAAUUUGUCCAUUGCCAGUAAUACAUUUCAAACCAGUAGAUAAUUUAAAAAAACGAAUACGAGGCGUAUAUCAGUGUCCUGCAUACUACUAUCCGGUACGGUCGGGAUCAUUUAUCAUAGCAAUAGAUUUAAGGUCAGGAACUGAAAAGGCAGAUUAUUGGAUAAAGCGAGGAACGGCGAUUUUAUUAAGCUUACCAGCUUAA